CAGGGAAACCAGGAGCCAAGUUUCAGAGGCUCCCAGCCUGACAGCAGGAGCCCAGCACGUUCCUAAAUGCUGUUGCUGCUCCGGAACAGGGAGGAAUUCCUGCUUUGGGUCACUCUCCACCAAGAUACUGAUGCACAGGGUGGAUGUUGGACCUGGUACCUCCCACCUGCAGCACUUAACUCCUCUCCAAAAUAGGUGUCACCCUUCCUCCCAGAGGGGGCACCAAACCUGCCUGACCUCUGCCCUGGCCCCAGUGUGGAGUCAAACCCAAGUCAUGGUCCACCCUCCGCUGGGGCAGUGGGGAAUCCAGCCAUGGGAGAUCUCUUUGCUGCCCCAGCAGCACCACUCCCACACAGUGCAGACCCCUCCACUUCCCUGGGCAUCUCCACUUCCUGGGCAGAGAAUCAUGGAAUCAUAGAAUGUCCUGAGCUGGAGGGGACCCACGAGGAUCAUCAAAGUCCAACUCCUGGCACAGGACACCCCAACAACCCCCCCAUGUGUCCCCAGCCUGUAACACACCACGAACAGGAGGCUCCACAGCCCCUUCUGCUGUCGGUCCCCACCCCAGCAGCGUCUCCUGGUUGGAGUGGAGGGUGCUGACCCGAGUUCCAGAAUCCUUCCUGGGAAUUCAACCUCGGGAGCGGAGCUCACGUGCGGGACCUGCGGCGCAGCCGAGGAAGUGAGGCACUGGAGAGGCAUCGCUCUGAUCCCGUGAGUCAGGACAAGUGGGCUGAAGGAGGACACUGCUCAGUAAAUAAACCAUCACCAUUCCUUUGGAUGCCUCACUUCCCACCUGGGAAAAGCAAUAUAAAAGUUGGUGGAUCUCCCGGGGCUUCAUUCGCUCGGCUUUGCUCUGUGGGGAACGUGGUCAGAGCCCAGAAGGGUAAGUCCAGUUCUGCCCCACGGAGAGAUUCUCCUCUCCCCCUCCUGCAAAACAGAAAUGCUCUGGUGAAGUUGGCCUGGUGGGUGGAGGUGGGAGGGCACACGGAUUUAGAUCUCCUGUGGACGCAGCAGAAUCAUCCCAUGCUCCUCAAAGUCUUUCACCAGUGUAGAGAGGGACACGGAACAGCUUUGGGAUAAAAGGCUUUAAAUGAUGAUUCUGGACAUUGCACAGUGUUGUUGGGCUGCUGCGGGAAAUCCAGCAGGGUGGUGGCUGCCCUGAGUAAAGAGCUGUUCCUUGCAGGGUGGCUGCUGAGAUGUGCUCCAGGCAAAGCUGCCACGGGAUGUCCGGCGGGUGCCACAGCUGCUGCUGCUGCCACGGGGGCAGCUCCUCCAGCUACCAGUCCCAGGGCUCCUCCUGCUGCGGGGGCUCAGGAGGGGGAGGAGGUGGAUCCUGCUGCGGAGGAGGAUCCGGCGGUGGCAGCCAGAAGAUCAUCAUCAGCUCUGGCGGUGGAGGAGGAGGGGGAGGAUCCUCUGGAUGCUGUGGGGGAGGAUCCGGUGGGGGAUCCUCAGGAGGGAAGAUCAUUGGAGGUGGAGGUGGUGGAGGGUCCUCUGGAUGCUGCGGGGGAGGAUCCGGUGGGGGAUCCUCAGGAGGGAAGAUCAUUGGAGGUGGAGGUGGUGGAGGAUCCUCUGGAUGCUGCGGGGGAGGAUCCGGUGGUGGCUACGGGAUAGGAGGAGGAUACGGGGGGGGCAGUGGGGGUUCAGGCCAGAAGAUCAUUAUCAGCUCUGGGGGUGGAGGAGGAGGAGGAGGCUCCUCUGGAUGCUGCGGUGGAGGAUCAGGUGGUGGAUCCUCAGGAGGGAAGAUCAUCAUCGGAGGUGGAGGUGGAGGAGGCUCCUCUGGAUGCUGCGGUGGGGGAUCCAGUGGUGGAUCCUCAGGAGUGAAGAUCAUUGGAGGUGGAGGUGGUGGAGGAUCCUCUGGAUGCUGCGGAGGAGGAUCCAGUGGUGGAUCCUCAGGAGUGAAGAUCAUUGGAGGUGGAGGUGGAGGAGGCUCCUCUGGAUGCUGCGGUGGGGGAUCCAGUGGUGGAUCCUCAGGAGUGAAGAUCAUUGGAGGUGGAGGUGGUGGAGGAUCCUCUGGAUGCUGCGGAGGAGGAUCCAGUGGUGGAUCCUCAGGAGUGAAGAUCAUUGGAGGUGGAGGUGGUGGAGGAUCCUCUGGAUGCUGUGGGGGAGGAUCAGGUGGUGGAUCCUCAGGAGGGAAGAUCAUCAUUGGAGGUGGAGGUGGUGGAGGAUCCUCUGGAUGCUGUGGGGGAGGAUCUGGUGGCAGCUCCUCGGGCCAGACCAUCAUCAUCAGCUCUGGAGGUGGCGGCGGAGGCUCCUCCCAGUCCUCCCAGCAGAAGCGCCCCAUCGCCAUCCCCAGCAUAUCCCACCAGUCCAAGCAGAGCUGCUGCUUCCCCUCCGGCCAGAAGUGACAGCUGGGGCAGCUCCAGGUCCAGCAGGACCAGCCCAGCUGUGCCUUCCCAGUUUGCUGCUCCCUCUGCCCUCGUGUCCCCUUGGUGCUACAUCCCAGAGCUGUGAAUUCCCAGGUGGCUCCUCUGUGCCAUCAAUGUGACAGGAAAUAAAGAUUUCGGUGUCCAGACAGAACUGGUUGUGUGAGGUUGCUUUUAGCCUUUGUCAGGCCCUUGUUUACUUCCCAAAAAAAUGAAUAAUGCAUCAAAAAGAUUCCGCUGUGGAAUGUUCUCCGGCCUCCAGUGCUGGA